AUGCCUUUCGGCUUCUCCAACGCCCCGUCGACUUUUCAAUCCUUGAUGAACGAUAUUUUUCGGCAGUUUCUUCGCAAAUUUGUCAUGGUAUUUUUUGACGACAUCCUCAUUUACAACACCUCCAUGACUGAUCAUUUGACACAUUUAACUGCAGUCUUCUCUGUCUUGCGUGAUCAUGGCCUAAAAUUGAAGCUUUCCAAGUGUGACUUUGCUCAACCCUCCAUGAGCUACUUAGGCCACGUCCUCUCCGCUGCAGGUGUUGCGGUCGACCCCCAAAAGAUCCAUUGCAUUCAAGAGUGGCCCCAACCCAAGACCCUCAAAGCGCUGCGCGGCUUCCUUGGCAUCACAAGUUACUAUCGGAAGUUUGUCCGUCAUUAUGGUCUUCUAGCCAAACCUCUAACAGAUAUGUUGAAGCAUGAUAGUUUCUCUUGGACUCCAAGUUCUACCCACGCAUUCACAGCCCUCAAGCAGGCCCUGGCCACAACUCCAGUCCUUGCUCUGCCUGAUUUCACACAACCUUUUGUUUUGGAAUGCGAUGCUUCUAACACAGGCAUUGGUGCUGUGCUGUCCCAAAACCAUCACCCCAUCGCUUACCUCAGCAAGCCCCUUUCCUUGCGUAAUCAAUCCUUGUCCACAUACGAAAAGGAAAUUGAAAAUACAUGCAGGAUGACUCAAAAUGCCUAG